AAGGGCUGAUAUGAUGACCAAAUGGACAGUGUUGGAUUAAAUCAUUUUCUUUUGUUAUAAGCUCAGUGAGUCACUAAGAACGCCAACAAUGGCCGACUCGAGGUCCAAAUCAUCUUCAUCUCUCUCAACAAACCCUUCUUCCACCAUUGCUAGAACCAGAACAAACUCAUGGCCAUUCACAAUUUUGUUAUGGUUGUUAGUCCCAGUUACCAUGGCAGUGCUCGUCUACCAACUCGACUCCUUCGACCCUGCUCCUCUUCCGGCCCACGAGUUGACUCAUCAGAAGCCCAUGGUUGUGCCAAGGCGUAACCCUCGCAUGCUCCAUGGUUCAGAGAAGAUUGGGGUUGGACAGUUGUUGGGUCCAGAAGAUGUUGCUUAUGACCCAAAGUCGGGGUUGAUAUACACUGGUUGUGUUGAUGGGUGGGUCAAGCGAGUCACGGUGAACGAGUCAGCGGCUGACACAGUGGUGGAGAACUGGGUUAACACCGGUGGGAGACCUCUGGGAAUCGUUCUUGGACACCAUGAUGAAGUUGUUAUUGCCGAUGCUGAUAAGGGAUUACUGAAAGUAGCCGCAGAUGGUGUGCCGGAGCUGUUGACAGACGAGGCCGACGGCCUAAAAUUCCGACUAACGGAUGCCGUUGACAUAGCACACGAUGGCAUGAUGUAUUUCACAGAUGCUUCAUAUAAAUACAGCAAUAGUGAGGCUGUGUGGGACUUAUUGGAGGGUAGGCCUCACGGUAGAUUAAUGAGAUAUGAUCCAACAACUCAACACACCACAGUACUGGUCCGGGACCUAUACUUUGCUAAUGGAGUUGUAGUCUCACCAGACCAGAACUUUGUGGUCUUCUGUGAAACCCCAAUGAGAAGGUGCAAGAAAUACUACUUACAUGGUGAAACAAAAGGAUCUGUAGAUAUGUUUGUAGAUAAUUUGCCCGGCAUGCCCGACAACAUUCGAUUUGACGGAGAAGGUCACUACUGGAUUGCAAUCUUCUCAGAACCCACAUAUAUUUGGAGUCUGGGACAGAAAUAUCCUUUCUUCCGGAAGGUUAUGGCCAUCAUAUUGAGGUACAUAGGACGACCACAUAUGGGGAAAAAUGCUGGGGCUUUCGCUGUUGAUUUGCAAGGAAAUCCGAUUGCUCACUAUUAUGAUCCUGCGUUGUCAAUGAUUUCCAGUGGGAUCAAGAUCAAGGACCAUUUGUAUUGUGGUUCCGUUGCAAAUUCAUAUAUUCUCCGCCUCAAUCUGACUCGAUAUCCUGCUGUUGCCAUUGCAUAACCAAGAAGCACCUCCAUCCACCUCAGUGGGGUGAUGAUCAGUGUAAUAGUUUCUACUGUAACAGUUUUUCUUUCUGUUUUUACUUUAUCAGUAGCUGAAUUGUAGAUGAUGGAUGGAACCUUCAACAGAAAUCUAAAUUCCAU